AGCGGGCCUGACCCCAGCUGUGCGGAGCCUUCCCCUGGCCCUGGGGUCCUCAGGCCCGGCAACCGCAGCCCCCGGCGGGCCUGGGAGUGUCAGGGCCUCGUCACGUCUCUGCGUCUCGUGAUAAAGGUGGAAGGCGCCCAGUGUUUCACAUUCAAGGACACGCUCGCUCACAGGCGGCGGCUCCGGCGGCCACCGCCCCCAGGACGUCCAGGCCCAGGCCCCGCGGCGGGCACAGUUCCAUGGACCAAAUGGAGAAAGGAACCCUGGGCCAGCCGCUGCCGAUGGCCACCACCCAGCCUGAGAGGAAACGGACAUCAGUGAUGUCUUUCCUUUCCAAGGUCUCUUGGAAACUGAAGUUCCAGAAGCGGGAGUCUCUGAAGAAUGCGUUUUCCAUCUUGGCAGAAAAAGCCCGGGACCCCAACGAUAAAAAGCGUCACAUGGCAAUGAGAGGCCUGGGCACCAUGGCCUGUGAGACCCCCGACAAGGUGCGAAAGUAUAAGAAAGUUGUCCUAGACCUGCUGGUGCAUGGACUCUACGACCCUGUGAGUACUGAAGUCAUCCACGAGAGCAUGAAGACUCUGACCAUCAUCUUGGGCAAGAUCCAGGGGAAAAGUUUGGGCUCUUUCUUCGUAGACAUCACUCUUCAGACCAGGACUUUAUUAGAUGACGAGAAUGACCACCUGAGAUACUCAGCCUUCAUCUUGUUCGGGCAACUGGCGGCUUUUGCUGGGCGGAAAUGGAAGAAAUUCUUCACCAGUCAGGUUAAGCAGACUCAAGAUUCCCUCCUGAUACAUCUACAGGACAGAGAUCCCCACGUUGCCACGGCUUGCAAAACAACAUUUCGAGCCUGUUCUCCGUAUCUGAAAGAAAGAAAGGAAAACAGCUUCCAGAGUGAGGAAGAACAACGGAACCUUAAACUCUGCCGGCAGCUGGCUAAGCUUUAAGAGCCUGGCAACUUCCUUUUUUGUGCCCCGGGUGAAGCCAGCUGCCAUGUAAGACGUCAGAUUCCCAGGAGCAAAGAAUGUCUGAGAUCACCGUUUUGGAGGGAAGACCAAGCUCACUGCAUGGAAUGCCAUGUGGAGGACAGCUGAGGAGCCCAAUCCGCCACGGAGUUGGAGGUCCGGACCUGUGACACCAGUUGGCCGAUCCAGCCAGCCCCCGAGGGCAAGCCACCCCAGCUGACACCACGUGGAAGAGAGACGGGCUCCCUCUGCGCAGCCCACCCCAAAUUGCAAAAUUGUAAGCAAUCUGAUCAAAUGACUGCGGUUUUAAAUCACUCCUUUUUGGGAUAGUUUGUCCCUCAGCAUUAAGUAACCUAAAGAGAUUCCUUAUCAUUAAUUUUGUCGUUUGGCCAGGUUGGUUUUGCUCUCACUAAGUCCUCUUUGAGUUUAAACUCUAUUUCUAGAAACGCAUGUUAUCACGGCAUUGUGUGCCGGGAGCCAGGGAAGGCUUGCUUUUGUACCACACAAUGCCUUGUUCUCCUUUUUGUAUCUCACCUUGUGCAUCACCCUGCCCAGCAGGUAGCAGAUGAUGGAGAGACAUUUGCUGAAUGACGAAAUAGUCGCAAAUUGUAGGGAGAACAGAGUCCAAACCAGUUUGUUACCCUGGGCUCUCAGCCAUGGGCUCCCACUCUUCCUUCCCAGCUUUCUUCUGUUCCUCUUUUUGCUUUAGCCAAGCUUGGCUCUUCUCUUCAUUCAACACUUCUUGGUCUCUUAUGCUCCUUUGCCUUUGCUCAGACUGUUCCCUCUGCUUUGAAUUCCCUCCCCUGCCUGGCCAUGCACACUCACAGGCACACAUGCACGUUUCUCGGGUAUAUCUGACCUGUGCUCUAAGACCUGAUCGAUGCUCGUAUCUCUGAGUUCCCAGAACAUUCUAACGGUCUUAUGCCACUUACCAUGUUUUAUCUCAUUUGAAAGUUUUACCUACGUGUCUCUCCCACUCUGGUUCGAGUGAAGCUGCUGGAGAAGGAUCCUAUCUUCUAUAGUUUGUAUCUGUCACAUGACCUCACAGGUACUUGGGAGGUGCUUGGUAAAUAAAUGUGGAUUGGGAGAAAAAAGUCAGGAAGUCCUCUGAAGCUACUUCUCCUUGGGAGAAGCCCAUUUUGUCAAAUGAGGGCCAUCAUUUCUUUUUUUUUUUUUUUUUAAUUUUUAUUUAUUUAUGAUAGUCACAGAGAGAGAGAGAGAGAGGCAGAGACACAGGCAGAGGGAGAAGCAGGCUCCAUGCACCGGGAGCCUGAUGUGGGAUUCGAUCCCGGGUCUCUAGGAUCGCGCCCUGGGCCAAAGGCAGGCGCCAAACCGCUGCGCUACCCAGGGAUCCCCAUCAUUUCUCUCCUUAUGACCAAUCUGCUGGUGACUUUUAUGCUUGUGGACCUAAAGCAUCCCUUUCUCCAUAAGACGCCGGUUAACUUGCCAAUCUUGAGGUAACGCUUCGACAUCUCUUACUUUUAAACACUAGACAUGCAACAGGUGAGUGAAUUUAUAUGUCGGCAAAUUGAACACCAAUAAAAAAUAAAUUUAUAAAAAAAAGAACUGGUGUAAAACAGGAGAUUUAAGUGCCAUAAGCAUCAAAGGAAUGUGGAAAAUUGAAUCCAGUAUGGACAAACUGAUUGCUAGAGAAAUCUGAAUUAAAAUGGAGUAUUAGAUGAUACAUUAAAUUUGCUAGAUAUAAUAUCACAGAAAGUAUGUUUAAAAACAAAAGGCCUUAUCACUCAUACAUAUAUAAUAAAAUAAAAAUAAAUGAAUAAAUAAAUAGUCAUAAGUAAAAUGACUUUCUUCAAAAGAGAAGGGGGAAAAGUAGAGGCAGGGAAGGAGAUGCCUAAAGCAAGAUCAAAAGGGGUUUCUGAAACUGGGUGAGGAGGUAAUGAAUACUCUCUCCUUUUGUGUUUUAGAAGUACUAAUAUAGACCCCCCAAAAAAAUCUUAUGCCCAAUGUACAGGUGAACAAAACAAUUGGAAAGAAUUGGGAAACGAAGAAAUUGCUAAGGCUAAUCAAAAAUGCACAUUUAGAAUAUAUCUAGAGAUCUAGAGCAAAUAUAUAUUGAUAUCCUAAAUGAAGGUCACUUCUGCCUUUUGUAUGCAAAAUGAGGAGCUCUGCUGGAAAAUGUGAAGUUUCUUCCACUCUAACAUUCUCAAUAAAUGCUUUAAAUAAAUGAAAAAAGAAAGAAAAAGAAAGAAGGAAAGAAGAAAGAAAGAAAGAAAGAAAGAAAGAAAGAAAGAAGAAAGAAAAAAGAAAGAAAGAAAGAAAAGAAAGAAAGGAAGGAAGGAAGGAAAAGGUAUGUUCAGGUGCUACCUUGCUAAGUGCUCAGGGUGGAGAUCUGCACAUACCUUAGUCUCUGCUUUCCAGUCGCCCACAGGAUUGGCUUUUUUAAAAAAAUGUUUUUUUAAGGUUUUGUUUAUUUAUUUGAGAGAGCGAGAGUGAGAGCGAGAGUGCAAAACUGGAGAGGAGGGGCAGAGGGAGAGGGAGAAGCAGCCUCCCUGCA